UCAGUUAUCGCCGCGUGCGUGCCAUCUCUAGGCGUAAAAAUGUCAGCGGCACGUUUAUACGGAGGUUUUCGUUUAUUUUCCUCAAGCGCCGUGCAACGUAAUGCCGUUGGUGGCAAGGGCCUGGUGGAGGCCGUGGCGGUGACACGGAGUGGCCGCACAAUAGUGGCCUGGCACCCAGAAACGCCCGUUCCCUAUGAGAACACUCAGCCGCUUCCCAAGAUCGCUGAAGUUCAGAGCUCGUCGGUGGUCAAGGAGUCGGCGCUGAAGACGGCAAUGAGGGCAUUUAAGAGCCAGCAUCCGGAGGUGGCUCGUCAGGAGCUGAUGCAGCUAACCCACACGACCAAGCACCGCUGGUUUCCACGAUCCCGCGACAAGAAGGCAAAGAAGACGCCUAUGGACCGUCCAUACCUGUAGUUCUUUACCCAGUGCGUUGCAUAAUGUACAAAUAAAUUCGUUCUCGUUUAAUCCA